AUGCAGAUCAACCAAGGAAUGAUGAGGCUACCAUAUGAAAGCAUUUACGAUGAGGUUCUGGCCAAAGCAACAAGCUCACAAUACGGCUACACAGAUGAAGAAGUCAACAACGUCUUGAAAGAGAUGCAGGAAAGAUACCAGAAAAGAUAUCCCGGGGAAAGCUACGAUAUAUACUUUUGUGACAUCGCAUGCCCCAAUCAACCUUGGUUGGUCGAAAGUUGGGCUUGGAUACAUUUAUUCCCUGAAGAACCUCGACCUUGGCGCUUGUCAAACCCUACAGAAGAAGAUUCAGAAUACUAUACGUCGCUAAAUAGACAUGCGGUAUACUUAUUCCGAGCCACGAGCAAAAGAGCACGAGUUACCGGCCGUGUAGAAGGUUCCGUUUCUGUGGCGGCUCAGCAGUGGGAUACCGAGCCGGUUGUCAAAGAUGGAUCUGAAAUGGAUGCCGAGCCGACACUAGCUGCAAAUGACGAUAUUCCAAGAAAACGAUCCAUGCCAGCUAAUGAGGAAGCACGAAAGAAGAUUAAAACGAAGAACGAUGUGUAG